GCGCUGAUGAUCCUCACCGUCUGGACCAUCUCCAUUUUCAUCUCCAUGCCCCCUCUGUUCUGGAGGAGCCACCGCCGCCUAAGCCCUCCCCCUAGCCAGUGCACCAUCCAGCACGACCAUGUUAUCUACACCAUUUACUCCACGCUGGGUGCGUUUUAUAUCCCCUUGACUUUAAUACUGAUUCUCUAUUACCGGAUUUACCACGCGGCCAAGAGCCUUUACCAGAAAAGGGGAUCGAGUCGGCACUUAAGCAACAGAAGCACAGAUAGCCAGAAUUCUUUUGCAAAUUGUAAACUUACACAGACUUUCUGUGUGUCUGACUUCUCCACUUCAGACCCUACCACAGAGUUUGAAAAGUUCCAUGCCUCCAUCAGGAUCCCACCCUUCGACAAUGAUCUAGAUCACCCAGGAGAACGCCAGCAGAUUUCUAGCACCAGGGAACGGAAGGCAGCGCGCAUCCUGGGGUUGAUUCUGAGCGCAUUCAUUUUGUCCUGGCUGCCAUUUUUCAUCAAAGAGUUGAUUGUGGGUCUGAGCAUCUACACCGUGUCCUCGGAAGUGGCCGAUUUUCUGACGUGGCUCGGUUAUGUCAAUUCUCUGAUCAACCCUCUGCUCUAUACGAGUUUUAAUGAAGAUUUUAAGCUGGCUUUUAAAAAGCUCAUUAGAUGCCGAGAGCAUGCUUAGACUGUCAAAAGCUAAAAGGCACGACUUUUACCAGAGCCUCAUGAGUGGAUGGGGGUAAGGGGUGCAACUUAUUAAUUCUUGGACAUACUUGGUUCAGGAGAGUUUGUAAGUAUGUGUGGUCUUGUUUUCUUGUUUGUUUGUUUGUUUGUUUGUUUUGUUCUGUUUUGUUUGAGGAUUGUUAUUUGGCGUGCUGUUUUCUACCUCUGGUCUUAUCUGUGAUACAUAAUUUCAAAUAAACAUUAUCAUACAAAAACAUAAAUUUUGUAGAAGUAAUAAUAAGGUGAAAUAGUAAAUACUUU